AUGGGUUACACGCGCCCUCGUUCUGGCUUCCAGCCCUGUGAGACCUUCUUUGUGGAUGACGAGUAUCGUCUGCGUCUCAAGAAGCAACCCAAGCGGGAGCACGAGAAACUCGUUGCUUGUGGGCGGCAGUAUGUUAUUGCGGAUCAGCUAUCUGACCUCACCAGCGAAGAGCUCAGGGAGGACGUCCUAAGCCACAUGCUGGACAUGGAUGAUCAAACACUUCCGGAUAUUGAAUCGAUCGACAUCCAACCCGAGAUCGAGUGGUUCAUGCGACAUUAUCUCCUUGACUUCAUGAUAGAGGCCCAUGCUGUAUUCCAGCUCCUGCCGUCGACAUUCUUCCUGACCAUCAACCUCUUGGAUCGUUACUGCUCCAAGCGUGUGGUCUACAGGCGUCACUACCAGCUCGUUGGCUGUGUAGCUCUCCUUAUCGCUGCGAAGUACAAUGACAGGAAGGACUGUGUUCCCACUGUCAAGGAGCUGGAGUCGGUGUGCUGCUAUCUAUAUGAUGACGACAUGUUCAUCCAAAUGGAGAGACAUGUCCUGCAGACCCUAGACUGGACUAUAGGCCACCCGACUGUGGACAGUUUCCUGCAGAUCGCCCUUCUCGAUGAGGCCUACGACCCUGAGGUGGAGCACAUGGCCCUCUAUGUCCUGGAAAUUGCCCUGUUUUGCCGGGAGUUCGUCUCUAGGCCGUCGUCUGAGCUUGCUCGCGCUGCAUUGGCUCUGUCGCGUCACAUACUCAACAGACACCAGCCUUGUCAUACCAGCUGGGACGCCCAGUAUGACUCGAUAACUCUAGUUGAUUUAUCCCAACAGCUUCACCGACCCUCUAUCGUCGCCGCCCGGAAGUACGCCUCGGCUCGCUACUCGGGGGUUUCCAAAUUACUGGAGCACUUCUUCAACCGCCAGGCUUCGUUAGUCAGCUACGCCCACUACACACUACCGGUUGAGACUCAUGUGGAAUCCAGGCUGUAUGGUAGCGAGAUGAGCCUCGCCACCCCUCAGAAGUCCCAGCAACUGACUGCCGUUGCCCAAGGAUACCUCACCCCGCCUCUCACACCAAAGUAUAGGGCCUUCGCACAAGCACAAAUGGGCAAUUUGAACCGGGGCCGAGGUGUCCCUAAUAUGACGGCUUGCUCUCCAUCGGCGACUCCUCACGCUGGGGUGUAG